GCGACUCGGCGAAAUCUUGAUCGUCUGAAGCUCAAAUUAGAUAUUGAUGAUAUGAUCUUCCUCCGACAAAGUUUUCAUUAUCGAAGGAGUCUCUACGUUGUCAUCGUUCCUUUGGAAAUUAUAUUACAGAGAUAAGAAUAGCACCUGACGUUUAGAUUGGUAGUCAGCAUGAAGCUUCUACUCGUAUCAAUGGCCGUUCUAGCCGUGGCAGUUUACGGCUUAGAAAUCAAUGCGUGUCAUCCAUGCCCCCAGUUCUGGCAUUUAUUCAACGGGAACUGCUACCGUUACUUCGGGGAGCGGGUCACUUGGGAAGCGGCUCGGGGUCGCUGCAGGGAUCACUACUCCCUCAACGGACGGGCUGAUUUAGUAUCCAUUCACACGGAACAGGAAAACGCCUUCGCUUACGACCUUUUCCGCUCUUCUGCCAGCAUCACAUCAGAGGCGGCUGGGCCGACAUUCUAUGGGGCUUGGAUCGGUGCCUACCAGACAACAUCAGGCUCAACCGCACCUUUCAUUUGGACUGAUGGAUCCGGUCUAGACUUCGAGCAAUGGUUGACUGGUGAGCCGUCCAACGCCGGUAACAACGAGGGAUGCGUCCAUUUGUGGCGUAGGAACGCAGGAGAUGAUAUCCUCCAGGGUUGGAACGACAAUGUCUGUGAAAGGGACGCGCCUUUCAUUUGUAAGGUGGUGCCAAAUUAGAAUUCCUAAUUCGGCUGUACCCUGAAUUCGAAGCUUCCUUGAUAUAUCUGUAUGGUUAAGCCUACAAUUUGAAUUCUUUGAAUUCUUUUUUGAAAACCUUGGAAACUAGUAGUGCUAGUAUCAUAGCUUGACUAAGUGGGGCUAUUAUAACGUUCAGAGGGUGUGACAUGCAUGACCAAUUCUAUUUUCCACAGUCCAUUAGUCAGUCUUUUGUGUUUUUGUUUUAUUGCAAGAGACAAAUUGACAGUUUGGGAGAAUUUUACAUUUAGUUUUCUUUCUAGUUUAGUAUACAAAAUCCGUCAUAUUGUUUAACGGUUUAAAGGCUCCUUCACAGAUCCCGCUAUAUUAACC